AAGAUGGUUUCCAGGAUGACUGGUCUGUGGCAACUAAUUCUUCCCAUGAUUGUUCUAUCACACUUCUCAGCAUCUCUUCCAUCCCGGGAGAGGACUGAGAGACAUGCUGAUGGGCUCUUCCACAGUGAGCUCAGCAAGAUGAAUGGCAAUGCCUACGUGCGGCAGCUAGUCAAACACCUGGUGGGCCUCAAGGAGAGGUCCCAGAGGCACUCAGAUGGACUGUUUACCAGUGAAUACAGCAAGAUGAGAGGAAACGCUCAGGUUCAGAAAUUCAUUCAAAAUCUCAUGGGCCGCAAGCGCAGUUCUCCAGGCCCAGUCAACACAGAUUUGCAGGGGAGAGAGGAAGAAAACAGCCAUGAGGAACUUUGCUUUAUGUGGUUGUACCAGAGCUUUCUAAACGCCAGCCGCUCGGACAGCGAUGCCAGGGAAGCUGCUGCAGUUACCAGCCAAUACGUUUGCCCCAUCUCUAAGCAGCUGGUUGCAGACAUGAAGGAAUAUACAGACAAUUUCGACUGA